GCUGGGGGCGCUGCGACGGGAGGUCCCCGCGGCCAGGCCAGGCCACCGCCCGUGACCAGCGGCUGUCAUGUUCAGUGCACGGCAAGUGUGGCGGGCCGUGCGGGAGGUGGGCCGCCCACUGACGGAGCUCGAGUGCGGAUACUGUGCGCUGUGAGAGAGAGUCCGUCCCUCCGGUGAUGAACGUGUGCGAGUACCGGCAGAUCGCGCUAGGCCCCGGGCCCGGCUCCGGCUCCAGCGCCACCUCCCAGGCCCAGCUCCCGGCCUCGGGCAAACAGCAGCAGCAGCAGCAGCGCCGUCGCCGCAAGUGGGAAUCGUUCGCCGGGAAGAACCGGUUCUUCUGCGACGGGCGGCUGAUCAGCGGGCGGCAGAGCGGCGCCUUCUACCUGACCCUGGGCCUCAUCGUCGGCACCAGCGGACUCUUCUUCGGGUUCGACUGUCCUUACUUGACAGAGAACCUGACCGUGGCCAUUCCAAUCAUUGCAGGACUACUGUUUGUGUUUGUACUAAGCACAUUGCUGCACACGAGCUUCACGGAUCCUGGGAUCCUGCCGCGAUCUACCCCGGAUGAAGCAGCCAACUUGGAGAAGCAGAUAGAUAACUCUGGUGGGUCGGGUUAUCGACCGCCACCUCGAACAAAGGAGGUGUUGAUCAAUGGACAGACAGUCAAACUCAAAUACUGCUUCAGCUGCAAAAUGUUCCGGCCUCCACGAACAUCGCACUGCAGCCUCUGUGAUAACUGUGUGGAGCGAUUUGAUCACCACUGUCCUUGGGUCGGAAACUGUGUUGGGAAAAGGAACUACAGAUUUUUCUACAUGUUUCUGUUGUCACUUUCCUUUCUAACUGCUUUCAUUUUUGCCUGCGUGAUAACUCACCUUGCACUCCGAUCUCAGACCGUUGGGCUAUUAAACACACUCCAAGAAACUCCAGCUAGCGCACUUGAGCUGGUGGUAUGUUUUUUCUCAGUUUGGUCUAUUCUGGGUCUCUCAGGGUUUCACACGUAUCUGGUGGCUUCCAACCUGACAACUAAUGAAGAUAUUAAAGGCUCGUGGUCCAGUAAGCAUUCAGAUGAAAGCACCAAUCCGUACAGUUACAACAGUAUCUUCACUAACUGCUGUGCAGUCUUGUGUGGACCAAUGCCACCGAGUUUAAUUGACAGACGUGGUUUCUUGGACCCAGAUACAAUACAGCAGUCUGGGGGCCAACAUAAUAUUACUCAGGAAGCGAAAAUGGAAGCCAACCUGUGUGAUCAGGGCCUUAAUGUUCAAGGCAGUAUGCUGUUUUACCAGAGUGUGCCCACUUCCCUUUACCAGACAAGUCUGUGUUUCGUCAACAAAACCAUGCCAGAGAAGUCAGAUGGUGCUGUGAUCUGUGCCAUUGUGCCCCUGGGCUACUUUAAAUCUGCAUACUCGCAAGGGAAAGGUACGAAACAGCUGAUAUUCCAAGCAACAAGGACAGUGUCUUCCCCCAGUGCAUGAGCUCCUCGUGGAUUGAACCAACGGAUACCGGCACACCUUGGACAUUGCUAAAUCUAAGCAAUCUCAAAGACCGCAUGACCUGGCCUUUGAUUAAAUGCACAGUUACUUUGUUAUUGCUGCUUUUAUUUGGAGAAUGACAAAAGGUUUUAGUACCAAAGAUCACUUGCUGCCAGCAGAUCUGUGCAGUUCUUCAACUUAGUGACAAGAAUUUUGAGAGAAGGGACUUGCACAUUCUGUAAUACCAAAUGCCUGGACGUAGCAAAUCUCUGCUGAAGGUCCAUAGUUUGGAGAGAUUCUAAACAUGUGUAAAAGUGAAUGGAGCAUUGCUAACUGUGAUAUUGGGAUGUACUGAUUGGACCGAUAGUUUUAACUACUUGAUUUUUAAGCAACAUUUGAAAUAUGACAUUUGGGCGGAUAAAUGUUUUUUUGCACAAGGUUUGUAUCAGAAACCAAUUCAGUAUUCAUAUGGUCACUAUAUGAUGCCACUACAACAUUCUGAGCGGAUCUUUCCUGUUAAAGAAAUGAUCAUUCCUAAACUUUUGGGUUAAUAUGUAUUUCUCUAAUAAUGUAAUGGAUGAAUAUUUGGAGACAGUAAACAAGCACAAUAUCACAACAGGGUAGAAUCUGCCAAUUAUUAGAUGGAAUAGUCAAGAGUAUAUACGCUCACCAAUGCAGUUACUGGAGUCGACCCAUAGACUUGCCCCUGUGAACACUGCAGAAUGUUAUUUCAACCGACAUCCACAAUAAAUAGUCAUCCACGGAACAUUUGUAUCUGGCAGUAUUCCGAUCCAAGCAAGUACUCUCAGUGCAUGAAACCAUUCCUGGAUUAAAUGACUGGAUACCUUGGACAUGCCCAAGUAUUAAUAAUAAUUUAAAGUAUAACAGGUGAAGAAGUCAAUAGUGUUUUCACAUGCUUGGUUGACUCAGCACCUUACAGUUUAUACAAUGCUUCCCAACAUGGCCACACGUUUCAAAAUGGUAUUCAUUCUUCUUUACUUAAACCAUUGGAAGAUUAGCAUCUACAAUGUACAACAUGCCUCUUUGCCUCUCGUAUGUGAAGACGGGGGUGUGAUGUUCAAUUUGAACGGAAAAGUAAAAGUAACAAAAGCACCCCCUCAUCUCUGAAUAAUUCCAUCGGGAUGAUUCCUUGAAAAUACAACUUAUUGUCUGAUAUUCUGAGCUGGCCACAGUUGUAAUGAACAAGGGGAAAGCUGUAACAAUUGGGAGGUUGCAUAGCAAGCUCAUUCGGAAAGUGGCACUCGCGAUGAUACUUCAGUGAGAACAGGAUUAUAGUCAUGCAGUUUUAAGUGGCAUUAGCUAAUUUAUAAGCAAUAUGGACAUCUGACUUGUAUCGUGCAUUGCUCCAGAUGAUAAUAAAGUGCCUUGUGCAGCUGCUUUGUAUAUAUUCCAAAUACACCUGAUUACUGUAGACUGUUCAUAGUAUUCCUGUAUUCAUUCCAAUAAAUAUUGGCAAAUUUAAUGCUUUAAAGUGGAA